UGUGACAGCUGCCUGCUUACCUGAGAUCUACAUGGCCUGAGAGGGAGAGAGCAGGCUGAACUGAAGAGCUUAAUAAGAGGACAACACUGAGCCAAAAUGCCUCCUCGGAAGAAAACUGACAUUGCAAUUAAAAUGGAAGAGGUGGGAAUGGAUAUCGAUGGAGAGUUAGACAGUGGGCGUGAGGAUGAGGUCAGGUGGAGAGACAGAAACAGGAAAGUCAAACUUUCUCCACAAGCUGGGGGACGGAAUGGCAAACAGGCCACCAGCGAGGAGGAAGAGGAGGAGGAGGACGAGGCACAGAGGAAGAGGGCUCAUAAGAAAAAGGCCAAGGUCCAAGACAGCGAGGAAGAGGAUGAGGAAGAUGAGGCACAGAGGAAGAGGGCUCAUAAGAAGAAGGCCAAGGUCCAGGACAGCGAGGAAGAGGAUGAGGAAGAGGAGAAGAGCGUCAAGCGGAAAGGCCCAAAGGCUGCAGGCAGAAAUAAAAAGGCAGUCAAGCAGGUGAGUGAGGAGGAGAGUGAGGAGGAAGAACGAGGGAAGAAAAGGAAAGGCAGAAAAUCGACUAGCAAGAACCAGAAAGAAGGGCAGAAUAAGGAGAAGAAGAGCGAUGCUAAAGGGAAAAGUGACGCCAAAGGCAAAGGAGUGAAGGACAAAGGGAACGAGAAAGACAAGAAAAAGAAGAACGCAAAGUACAGCAGCUCUUCUUCUUCGGGCGAGUCAGAGGACGAGGAUUCUCUGUCAGAAGGGGAGAUUGCUGCUCAGAAGGAAGAGAUGGAGGAGAAGAAGAAGCUGAUCGCCACUCUAAGGAACAAACCGUGGCGCAUGAAGAGGAGGCUUAAACUCCUCAAGGAAUGCCAGGCGUUUGUGGAGAAGUUUGAAGGGGCUCUGGGAAAGGGCAAAGGGAGGAAGCUCUACGCCUACAAAGUCAUAAUGGCUAAGAAAAUGAUCAAGUUCAACCGUGACUUUGACAAUUUCAAAACAGCCUGUAUUCCAUGGGAAAGAAAGAUUAAAGAGGUUGAGAGUCACUUUGGGUCAUCUGUGGCUUCCUACUUCAUCUUCUUGCGGUGGAUGUACGGUCUAAACCUGGUCCUGUUUGGGUUAAUGUUUGGUCUUGUUGUUCUCCCAGAGGUGAUGAUGGGUCUUCCGCAUGGGUCUAUACCCAGGAAAACUGUUCCCAGAGCGCAGCAGGCCAAAGCCAUGGACUACUCCGUCCUACUUGAUUUUGGAGGCUACUGCAAGUACUCUGUUCUGUUCUAUGGCUACUACAAUGACGAACGUACCAUCGGACUCCUCCAGUUCAGACUGCCACUGUCCUACCUACUGGUUGGUGUUGGUAUCUUCGGCUAUAGCCUGAUGGUGGUCAUUAGAACGAUGGCCCGUAACUCGGAUGAGGGAGGAGAUGGUGGGGACGAUGGACAGUUUACAUUCACCUUUAAGAUGUUCACCAGCUGGGAUUACCUCAUUGGGAACCCAGAGACAGCUGACAACAAGUAUGCCUCCAUCACCACCAGCUUUAAGGAAUCCAUAGUAGACGAACAGGAGAACCAGAAGGAUGAGAACGUCCACUUGCGGAGGUUCCUGCGGGUUCUAGCCAAUCUUUUCAUUCUCUGCAGCCUGGGGGGCAGUGGCUUCCUCAUCUAUUUUGUGGUCAAGAGGUCUCAGGACUUUGCAAAACUAGAUCAGAAUACGCUCUCCUGGUAUGAAAAGAAUGAGGUGGAGGUUGUGAUGUCACUGCUGGGGCUGGUGUGCCCCCCUCUCUUUGAGACUAUCGCUGAGCUGGAGGAGUACCACCCUCGUAUUGCCCUCAAGUGGCAGCUGGGCCGCAUUUUUGCCCUGUUCCUUGGGAACCUCUACACCUUCCUGUUCGCCCUGUUUGAUGAUGUCAAUGAAAAGUUGGAACAAGAGAAGUACAUUAAGAAUGCCACUAUCUGGGGUCUGAAGGAGUACUAUGCCAACUACAGUACCUUCCACAACACUACUGACAUCCCCCCUCCGGAGAUCCCUCCUGCUGAUGUCAUCAGAGGGCCGUGCUGGGAGACCGACGUUGGCAUAGAGUUUGUGAAGCUCACCGUCUCUGACAUCCAGGUGACAUAUCUGACCAUCCUCAUUGGUGACUUCCUGCGAGCCGUGAUUGUGCGUUUCCUCAACUACUGCUGGUGCUGGGACCUGGAGGCUGGAUUUCCGUCUUAUGGAGAGUUUGACAUCAGCGGCAACGUGCUUGGAUUGAUCUUCAAUCAAGGAAUGAUUUGGAUGGGUGCGUUCUACGCCCCUGGCCUGGUAGGGCUGAACGUCCUGCGUCUCCUCUCCUCCAUGUACUACCAGUGUUGGGCCGUGAUGAGCUGUAACGUUCCCCAUGAGAGGGUCUUCAAGGCCUCCAAAUCCAACAACUUCUACAUGGGCCUCCUCCUCCUGGUGCUCUUCCUCAGCCUUCUGCCUGUGGUUUACACCAUAAUGACCCUGCCGCCCUCCUCUGACUGUGGCCCCUUCAGGUGUCUCUCAUGCACACACACACACACACACACGCACGCACACAUACACACUAGGCACACAUCUAAUGCUGGUCUCUUGUCUACUAGUGGAAGGGCGCAAAUGUAUGACAUUGUCAUGGAAACUAUAGAGAAGGACCUACCAGCGUUCAUUGGUAAUAUCUUCACCUACGCAACUAAUCCUGGGCUGAUCAUACCAGCUAUGCUGCUGAUGGUGUUGGCCAUCUACUAUCUGAAUGCGACCUCCAAAAACUAUCAAAAUGCCAACCUGGAACUGAAGAGGAAGAUGCAAAUGGCUAGAGAUGAGGAGAAGAACAGGAGGAACAACAAGGAGAGUACCAACCAGGUGAUGCAUGACCUGGUUGGCCUUCUUCCCAACCGUUCUCUAAUCCCCCCUCCUGCUGAAGAAGCACCCCCACCAGACAACAUGAGCGAGAAGGGCAGCAAAUUUCCCAAGGUGGCAAAACGUCCAGGAGCAGCUGACAAUGUCAAGGGGGUUAACCUUCAGAAGGAUGUUUCAUUGGCUGCACCAAACUCCCAAGCGGCUGUGACCCGCCCCCCAGGCCCAAGGGGGCCGCCUGGAAACGCCAGAGGACCACCCCCAGGGCCGGGAAGGGGCAGAGGGAGGGGUGCACCUCCUCCUAAAUGCUAAUUAGGUGAAAAACAGGGUGCUAAGAUGUCCACACCACCCUCACGACUCCUGUUGCGGGCCGGGAUAUCUUUCGUUCGCGCAGUGCACACCAGCCAAGUUCGCCAGGUGCAUAGUGUUUCCUCCGACACAUUGGUGCGGCUGGCUUCCGGGUUGGAUGUGCGCUGUGUUAAGAAGCAGUGCGGCUUGGUUGGGUUGUGUUUCGGAGGACGCAUGGCUUUCGACCUUCAUCUCUCCUGAGCCCGUACGGGAGUUGUAGCGAUGAGACAAGAUAGUAAUUACUAACAAUUGGAUACCACGAAAUUGGGGAGAAAAUGGGGUAAAAUUAAAUAAAAAAUAAAAAAUAUAUAUUUUGUGAAAGCAUGAUUUUCAGAAAUGUUAAUUUAAUUAAAUAUAACUGCAUCUGAACGAUUAUUUGUGAGUAAAAACUACAACAAUGGAAAUUGUUUAAUUUACACCAUAUUCAUAAUAUUUCUAUCAACUUAAGAAUUCUACGUUUUUGCAACAACUUGCCAUUUGGUUCCGUUUGUAGAGGAUUGUGGGGAAUUCAAAUUUGUUAGAAUUUAUAAUACUUUUACACAAUGUUGUAUGCGUGUUUGAAGUAUAUUUCUACAUUAGUGUUAAAGUUGAAACGCUCAAAUCAACAUGCAACAUUGAUUUACAUGGCGAUGUUGGGUAACCUUGUUGAACAUGAUGUUCUGAAAAUGCUUUUAGAACUUAAUAUUAUACUUUUUUCCCAACGCCUAGCACAAGGGCCGUUCCAUGUCAUUUCAGCAACACAUGACACCCACCAUCUCAGAUUGUCCUGUCGUUAGAAACAGAUAAGAUUAACAUUCCUGCAACAUUAUUUGGUUGAAAUAUAAUUAGAUCUCUGAGAAAUUAAGCUAAUUGAUUGCACCCAAAUUGGCCAUUUUAAUUGAUAGGAUUCAUAUAAUAUUCAAUAAAUAUAGUACCUUACACCCGAUUUGGACAAAUAAGUAAGACAUGAGGAAUCCAAAUAAAUUGUCAAAAGCCACCCACGCACCCUCCACACCAAUCCCACCCUAACAAUGAGUAUACAGUAUCAGUUCUCUAUGCCUGACAAGUAGUAUGGAGCUGCGGCUUGGAGUAUUGUUUCUUCAUCCUAUGUAAUGUUUUCUCUGUGAUUUUGGUUCUCUGUGAUUUUGAAGUUUUUUUCCCUUGUUUCCGAGAAAGUAGUAAUUGAAGUUGUUACAUCCUGAUUUUACCAGGUGCUGACCUAGGAGAGGCUAGCUAACGAGCUGGGCUAGAAACACCUGGCUAAACUAGUAUUCAGUUGAUGUUAGCUAGCUAUCUAGGUGUCUGUUCUAAAAGAGUUAGCUACAGACAUGUAGGGUUGUUAACAGUGCCCACUAAUAUCAAAUCAAUUGCAGCUAGUAAAUCCUGCACUGUAGCGAGCUAUUCCGGUAAUGUCACUAGCUAAUCACACAGCACAGUUGUUUAUCAAACAGCACAGUUGAUCUUUUUUUGUACAUUUAUAGUUCAUGCCAUGUUACCUGGCUAGACAUAAACAGAAUAGUCUUCUAAAAAGGCACUUAUUUUAAUAUUUGUUUUAUUAGUAUCCUUGAAAACAUUCUCAAGGCUACUAACGUGCAUUGUAACAUAAAUAUUAGUUUUCAGCAGUUGUAAAGGGUAAUGUUGUGGGGAAAUUCUUGCACAGGGACACUCAAAGUCAAUCUUAAAUUAAUCAUUAUUUAUUGUCAGCACACUGGAGAGGUUCCAACCAACUCAAUGAACCAUAGCACACAUGUCAAUCAGGAGCUCUUCAUCAGCAGACCCAGCAGUUGUUUUAUAUACGCUAUACACAGACAAGUUAUAUUUGCAUGAUUUAGCAUAAUUCAUUCAUCAAUACCGUUUUUUUUCAUUCAUGCGAUCGACCAAUUCUGUUUCAUAAUAUGUGACAGACCAACACCUCACGAGGCUUCUCCUCUCUAAGCUGAGACCUUGAAACUGAGAUAUCUUUCGUUUGUUCUCAAAACAAGAUCUGGGUGUACUGCCAAAUUUCAGCUGCUGAUAAGAUGAUUUGUUCAGUCAACCACUUGCAUGAACACAGAAAUUGGUUUAUAGAACAGAACAUGAAUAGAACACAGAAAUUGUAACGGCUUUCUUCCUGGGAAAGAGAGGACCAAAGCGCAGCGUGGUGAGUGUUAUAAUAUAAUAAUAUAUAUAUGCUAUUUAGCAGAGUGUUCAUCUUCUUUAAUAAUAAAUCCCAAUUGAACACUUCAAAUUACAAAACAACAAAUGUGAAAACCGAAAACAGUCCUAUCUGUUGCAUAGACACAAAGACAGGAAACAAUCACCCACAAACCCCAACACAAAACAAGCUACCUAAAUAUGGUUCCCAAUUAGAGAAAAUUAUUAACACCUGCCUCUGAUUGAGAACCAUAUCAGGCCAAAUACAGAAACAGACAAACUAGACACACAACAUAGAAUGCCCACCCAGCUCACGUCCUGACCAACACUAAAACAAGGAAAACACACAAGAACUAUGGUCAGAACGUGACAGAAAUUAGUUGUACAAAAGGCACAAACAUUAAAAUUCCCAUUACAUUCCAUCCUCUUAUCACUAUGUGCGAUAUUAAUAAUUACAUUUUAACCUAGUCAAAAUAUAAAACCCAGUUGUUUAACUUGCUCAUCAGCUCAGUGUUCCAUAUAAUGUGUACAGGUUAAGGGUUUAAAUGACCUUACCCUCAACUUGUUAAAAUAAAACAACCUUCAAUCAAUACUCAGUGUCCGCGUCUACAGGGGGAAAUGGGGGCUCAUCCAGAAUUGGCUUCUAACUGUUUCACCAUCCUCUGGAAGAGUAGAAAACAAGAUAGCUGCCAAAAUCCUAUCAGCCAGAGAGGCACAUAAACUUACAACAUGUUAAGGAGGUGCUACUCUCAGAUAGUAGCAUUGUUUGCUUUUGCCAAAAAGUCUUUAUGAAAUCUGACAUGUUGGCUGGAUUCACAACAAGUGUAGCUUUAAUUUUCUAUCUUACAUGUGUGAUUUCAUGAAAGUUUGAUCUUUAUAGUAAUUUAUUCGAAUUUGGCGCUCUGCAUUUUCCCUGGCUUUUGGCCAGGUGGGACGCUCGUGUCCCACAUAU